AUGAACGAUACUGAAUUGAAUCCGCCGCCUGCCGGCGACAACCUGCCGACAGAUUCGUCUGGCGAUCGCCGUCCGGAAGAACUGCCGCCGUUGUUUCUCAUUCCUGCUCUGAUUGUGGCAGCCGUGAUCGGUGUCUGGGCGCUGUUCGGCAAAAUGGCGGAAUCAGAAGAAGACUGGCGGCAGUUGGUCGCGGAAGUCGGCAACAACAAUCCGAAUCGUCGCUGGCGUGCAGCACUCGGACUGGCUCAAAUUAUGAGAAAUCAGACCAUCGCACCGCCCGUCGACGAAAAGCCGCUGGCCGAACGACGUGAAGUCGCGGAAGCACUGGCGGAUCUGCUGAACGAAUCUCUGGACACAAAGUCGCCGGACAAUCCCGAAGAAGAACUUACAAAUCGUGAGUUCCUGGCCCGCACUCUGGGAGCACUGAAGGUGGAUCCGGUGGUGGUCCCGGUCCUCGCCCGCGCUGCGAGUGCAGAAUACGAGCCGGAGGUCCGCAAGAGCAGCCUGAUGGCACUGGCGAUGAUUGCCGGUCGCAAUUUUGAGCAACAGGCAGCAGAUGCGGAACUACUGGAACCGGAUCGAGAAUACGAAGCAGACAAGUCUGUCGUCACUCUGAAGGAGCCUCUUCCCGAACCGACUUUGGAAAACGAUGAAGCGUGGCAGCAGAUCAGAAAAGCAAUGCGGGACGAAGACGAAUCGAUUCGACAUCUGGGCGUCUUUGUCGCGGGGCUGGUCAGCGGCCCGGAUGCCAUCAGGGAACUGGAACUGGCACUGCUGGACGGCAACGCGAAAGCUCGUGCCAAUGCUGCCGUCGGACUGGCUCGUAAUGGUUCCACGGCUGGAUUUGAUGUCCUGAUCGAACUGAUGGGAUCCGCCAGUGAUCCCGUGCAGAUAGAUGAUCUGGAGCAGGUCGAGGAACCGGAGCGGACGGCUUUGAUCAAUCAGCGACGAUCCGAGCAGCCCGUCAUUCUGCAGAACACCAUUCGCGCGGCCGACAGCAUUCUGGUGAAACUGUCAGCCGAGCAAAAAAACGACUUGGAGAAGGUGCUGCAGAAGGUCGUGGAACAGGCCACCGUGUCUGCGAUCCGCCUGCAGGCUCAACAGCUGCAACGUCGACUGGAAGCAGCCGAGCCGGCCGACGCAUAA